GGCACACAAAGGUUCAGCAGAUAAACGAAGCAAGAACACUCUCUUGAAGCCCCGAAAAUGUCUUCCAAAAUUUAUAUACUGUUCAACUUGUUCUUUGCCUUACACUUGGUUGCAGUGCAUAGUGUCAAGUUUCACGUCGGCGGCGACGCAGGCUGGGCAGUCCCCUCGUCGAAGAAUGAUCAGCUAUACAAUGAUUGGGCUUCCAAGAACAGGUUCAAGAUUAAUGACACCCUGUACUUCGAGUAUACCAAGGAUUCAGUGUUAGGGGUGACAGAAGAAGAAUACGAGAAAUGUCGAUCGACUCAUCCUAUGUUCUUCUCCAACAAUGGAAACAGUACCUAUACAUUGGAUCAUCCGGGCUUGUACUAUUUUAUGAGUGGUGUUGCAGGGCACUGUGAGAGGGGACUCAAGAUGAUUAUCAAAGUUUUGGAGCCAGAAAGCCCUCCUCAGGUAGCAAACUCAACAACUGCCAGUGCUGCAUAUGAGUUUGCUGCUGCUACUUCUACUCCAACUAUUCUUAUGCUUUUUAUGUCAUUUUCUUGGGCCGUCUUCAUGUAAUACAGUACAAUUGUUCUUCAGUUUUAAGGUUAUUAGUGUCUCUGAAACACAAUCGAUUCUUCGUUUUUGGAUAAUUUAAACUAUUAGGUUUUGAUUGGUUUCUAGUUUUAAUGAGAUCAGUUUAGGGUUCUGUAUAAUUUGAUUCUGUUAGGAUAAUGCUACCUAUCACCAGUUUAGAUG